CGCAGCGGCGCCGAAGGGCUUCAUCAGAGUGCAGACCGAGUUGCUGUUCAGUUCGAGAGGAACAGCCGAGGAGGAACGAGGUGCGCGCGUGAUCCACGUACACGGUUCGACUCGUAAUCGUUUAUCACAUACCGCGAAAUUCAAUUCCUAGGAUUGAAAUACUCAUCCCUAAGGAAUAGUUCGCCCGGCAUUGUGCAGCAUCUUGUGGAUUAUUAUCUCGAUUUCCUUCCGGCCGAAAGAGGACACUUGCAGCAAUCAUGGCACCGCGGAGACUGAAGGGUUGCAUUUCGGAAAAUCUCCUCACGAUUUUGACGGUCUGCGGUGUCGUAGGAGGAACAAUUCUUGGACUCAUAUUAAGAAACGUCAAGAACCCCAACGAAUGGACGAAACGCGAAAUUCUAUACAUCCAGUUCACCGGAGAUUUGUUCCUUCGGAUGCUGAAGGCUCUGAUCCUGCCUCUCAUCGUCUCGAGCAUCGUCUCUGCCAUCGGGAGUCUGGAUCUCUCGUUGUCAGGAAAAAUUGGAGCCCGCUCGAUUUAUUAUUAUGCUACAACGACGGUGUGCGCUGUCAUUCUGGGGAUCUUUUUGGUCCUCGUGAUUCGUCCCGGGGAAAUUGGAAACGCCGUAUACGAAGCCGAUCACUCAAAGGCACCCAUGAGAAAUGUCACGACGGAAGAUACGUUGCUCGAUUUGAUCAGGAACAUCUUCCCGCCGAAUCUAGUUCAGGCCUGCACUAGUCAGUACCGAACUGAGUUGGUGGAUCCUCACAACGAGUCUAUUCCUUUGAAAGAGUGGGAAAUCGAGCACAACUACGCAGAUGGUACAAACACCCUGGGUCUCGUGAUAUUCGCAAUCGUGUUGGGAAUAACUCUGGCCAAGAUGGGGGAAGUCGGUAAACCACUUUUCGACUUCUUCAACGCGCUCUCCGAAGCGAUGAUGCUCAUCACUGGCUGGGUGAUCUGGAUCUCGCCCAUCGGUGUCCUGUUCCUGGUCGCCUCGAAGCUCCUGGAAAUCGCUGAUCUCGGUGAGAUAGUCGGUAAGCUAGGCAUCUACUUCGCCGUGGUCCUCCUGGGUCUCUUCCUCCACGGUUUCGGCACACUAUCGAUAAUCUUCUACGUCUGCACUCGGGAGCUGCCCUUCAGGGCGAUCAGUCAGAUGGGUCAGGUUUUGGUAACAGCGUUCGGAACAGCUUCAAGUUCCGCCACCUUGCCCAUCAGUCUUCAAUGCCUGGACCAAAUGGGACUCGAUCCCAGAAUCACGAGGUUCGUCGUCCCCAUCGGAGCCACCAUCAACAUGGACGGUACCGCUUUGUACGAGGCUGUUGCCGCCAUUUUCAUUGCCCAGAUCAGGGAGGUGGAGCUUAGUAUUGGGAGUGUCAUUGCCAUAAGUGUUACUGCGACUGCGGCUAGUAUCGGAGCUGCCGGUAUCCCCCAGGCUGGUCUUGUGACGAUGGUCAUGGUACUAGACACCGUUGGCUUGCCCGCCCAAGACGUCACUCUAAUCAUCGCUGUCGAUUGGCUCCUCGACCGAUUCCGUACAACGAUAAACGUGAUGUGCGAUCUGCUAGGAGCUUGCAUAAUAGAGAAAAUGAGUAAAGGAGAGCUUGCAGCGGCGGAGUUACGUCAACAGGAGGAAAGCGUGGAGCUUACUCAUCUGAGGAAAUCAGAAGCGUGAAAAAGUGAUAUUAUGCAUGAUACUCGGCCGUGCAUAUAACAUUCACAUAAUAGUAUGUAUACGAUUAUUAUACAUAAUGAGAACGUAAGUCGAGACCGUUGCAUGUGUCGGUCGCCACCCAUCGAUAAUAUCGCCAAUAUUUUUCCUCACAAACCGGCGUUUGUACAUCGUAUACCUUUCAAGGUUCGCCAUAUAUUUCUUGCCGUGGUAUAUAAGUUUAAAAUAAGUCUAAUCACUGCAGCUGCUCUACGUGACAAUUGAUCAAGCUUCCGAAACAUAACGGAACUUGUAAUUUUAUUUUUCAGACUGCAGCUGACACACGUAUCAAACGUUGAAAUCACGAAUGUAUAUAUUUUGUUGUUGUUGAAAUUACAUAUGCUAUAUAUAUAUAUAUAUAUAUAUGAUUCAGAUAAUUGUUUUCCCCAUCGAUCAUCUGUUAGAUCGCUUCGUCCAUUCGAAAUCAUAUCGAAUAUUCAACUGCAACAUCAAACUGUUCAGUCUAUAGAAAUGAAUGUCGAUAAAGAAACAUGCUUAAAACAAUCUCCCUCAUUACCGACGUAUAACUUGACAAUCUUUUGUGCCUGACAAUAAUUAGUAUAUAUGUAUAUCCGUUAUAAUCAACAUCGCAGAACGUGGGACUCAAGAACUAUACAUAUAUUAUACCUAUAUAUAAUACGAUAAAUUUUUCAAGUCAAUAAAUUAAGUGCCAUGUUUUUUCUUUUCAUCUUGACGCAGUACUUGAAUUGUUAUUCUUACUUUUUUGUUCUUUUGUUAUUGAACCAUACGUAUGUAUGUACGUAUAAUAUGAAAUAGCAAACCUUUGAUACUUAAAUUGUAUACUUAAUAAAUGUACCUCGAUU